ACCUGGCUUCAGAAAUCACACAGACCAAGCAAGAAGGGGUGAGGCCAGAGGCUUCUCCCCCAGCAAGCAGCAGUAAGCAUCUUGGCCGUGACAAAGACGUGAACGAGGAGCCUGGGCAGGAGGGGGCAGUGUGUACAGACAUGACCCACCCUGGACCCCGCAGGACCACCCUGUGCCCACGUAGAGCCCACCUCUCAGGCAGCCAGGAGAAGUGUGCGGGCCAGCGCACAGAGAGCAGAGCCGUGAGAAGUCUGGACUCGCCAGGCCUGGAGAUGGUGGGGAACUGUUCCUGGGAGACCCAUCCGGGCAGCCGGAGUAAGAUGUGUCCUGACAUGAGUGAGGCCCCCGAGCUCUACAGCCGCGGCUUCCUGACCAUCAAGCAGAUCACCAUGCUGCCGCCGCCCGCCAUCAUGAACUACAUCUUCCUGCUCCUCUGUCUGUGCGGCCUGGUGGGCAACGGGCUGGUCCUCUGGUUUUUCGGCUUCUCCAUCAAGCGGAGCCCCUUCUCUGUGUACUUCCUGCACCUGGCCGGCGCCGAUGUCGGCUACCUCUUCAGCAAGGCUGUGUUUUCCAUCCUGAACACGGGCGGCUUCCUGGGCACAUUCGCCGACUACGUCCGCGCCGUGACCAGGGUCGUGGGGCUCUGCACGUUCGUGGCCGGCGUGAGCCUCCUGCCCGCCGUGAGCUCGGAGCGCUGCCUGUCCGUCGUCUUCCCCGUCUGGUACUGGCGCCGCCGGCCCAAGCGCCUGUCGGCCGUGGUGUGCGCCCUGCUCUGGACCCUGUCGCUUCUGGUCACCGGCGUCCACCACUACUGCUGCGUGUUCCUGGCCUCACGGGGCUCCGGCAGCGCCUGUGGGCGCAUGGACACCUUCCUGGGCAUCCUGCUGUUCCUCGUCUUCUGCCCGCUCAUGGUGCUGCCCUGUCUGCUGCUCAUCCUGCACGUGGAAUGCCGGGCCCGGCGACGCCAGCGCUCUGCCAAGCUCAACCACGUCAUCCUGGCCAUGGUGUCCGUGUUUCUCGUGUCCUCCAUCUACCUGGGGAUCGACUGGUUCCUCUUCUGGGUCUUCCAGAUCCCGGCCCCCUUCCCUGAGUACGUCACCGACCUCUGCAUCUGCAUCCACAGCAGCGCCAAGCCCGUCGUCUACUUCCUGGCGGGGAGGGACAAGUCCCAGCGGCUGUGGGAGCCUCUCCGGGUGGUCUUCCAGCGGGCCCUGCGGGACGGCGCCGAGCUGGGGGAAGCCGGGGGCGGCACGCCCAACACAGUCACCAUGGAGAUGCAGUGCCCCACCGGGAACGCGUCCUGAGAGGCAGGUGCCAGCUGGGCGGCAGGGGCCGUAGCCUCCGGAGAUCCUCUGCUGCCGAGACAGGAGCUGGGCCGCGGCCACAGGGCCCAGGUGCAAGGCGGAAGGUCUGCUCUGGCUCCUCGUGCCUCCUUCUCCGUGGGCUGGAGGCUCUGGGGUGGCUGGCCGGGAGACCGAGCAGCCACCUACAUGCAGGCCCUCUGGCCGGGCCAAGCUUCCCCUGCCAUUCUCCUCCGUGGCCAGAAGCUGGUCAGCAAAGGAGGGGACGAGGGGUCAGCCAGCCCCCUCCCCCUCCUACCUCUUUCAAUCAGGCCUCCUUGAAAGCAAUGUAGCCAGCACCACUGCUCCCCCGCGGGGCUGCAGCUCUGCCCCCGUCAGGGCACCUGUUCGCUCCCUUCCGCCCCCUCAAGGCAGUACUGGCGAGCCAAGCUGAACGGACGGUGCUACCUGGAAGAGAGUUCCGGCUAACCUGCCUUGUAGUUCCGUCCUUCUGCACCCAACAUCCCUGCCCUGAAUCCUUUGGUGACUUUGAUGGGGGAGUUUCCGGUCAUGGCAAGCAGCUAGACGAGAAGCGGCCUCGGGCAGCUGGGGCAGGUCACUCUCAGUUCCGACUCCCUGCAGGCCAGCCCCUGGGCAGCCUCCCAGAGCACAGCAUGUCCAUGCUGCUGUGCACCUGGUUCUCGAACCUUGGCCCACUGUCCAGGAGUCUCUGGGCUCCACUCCUCACCCAGGAGUGGGCCCUGGCUCCACCUCCAAGCACAGGGGCCCUGUGUAGCCAAUGCAAAUUUUAUAGAAGACAAUAAAUGUAUAUCAAUAAACAUUUUAUAACGUGCACUGA